UAGGAAGUCCUCCUAUCAUUUAUUUAUUAAUUAAUAACCGAACUUCGUUUAUCAGUCGUACCUAGGUUCUAGCUUCUUAUAACCUAAAGCUAAAACAUCCGAUGGAACCAAGUUGAUUCCCUAUUUGGAUGACAAUGCUUCAGUAAAUUACAAAUAAAUUAGAAAUAUUACAGGCUAAUUUUAUAAUGAACGUUUUUAUUAUCAUAGCUAUCGCAUUAUUUUUGUGUGAACGUUCAUCUUUCGUAUCAUGUAGCAUAGGGGACAGGUCCAUGAUAUACAGGAACUGCUUGAAUCGAUUUGAAAGAGAAAACUGUACAGAAAAUGGGGUAUUAUUUAAAAGCAAUUCUCAAUAUAAACAGGACUACUGGAGUAAGGUAUUACAGUGGUCUUGCAGUGAUGAGUGUCGCUACCAAUGUAUGUGGAUCACUGUGGAUGUCUUCCACAACAACGGUGAUGAUACUCCCAAGUUUCAUGGCAAGUGGCCUUUUAUAAGGAUGUUUGGUAUGCAAGAACCAGCAGCAGCCUUUGCAUCAAUGUUGAACUUAGCAGCCAAUGUAUACAUGUUCAAACAGUUGCAGCAGCUGCGCAUCACUCAGGCUAAUCUCUUUCCUUUUGUCAUAUUUUGGAAAAUGUUUUCUUUGGUGUGCAUGAAUGCAUGGGUGUGGUCUACGAUAUUCCACAUGAGAGACACGGAUUUCACUGAAUUCAUGGACUACGCGUGUGCACUUUCCAUGGUCAUGGGCCUGUUAGUGGCUGCGAUCGUGAGGGUGUUCUACACGAGGAGCAAGCUGUUGAUGCUGCUGACGCUGUCGCUGCCGGUGUGCUACUUCGUCAUGCACGUGCGGUACUUGUACUCCGGAGCUAUAAACUAUGACUACAAUAUGAAAGUCAAUGUUUUCUUUGGUGCAUUUGGCUCAGUGAUCUGGCUGGUGUUAUCCUGGCACCAGUGGACAUUACGGCGGCGGUACGCGUGGCGCAUGCUGGCGUUCACGCUGCUGUCUGGCGCGGCUCUCAGUCUGGAGCUGUUUGACUUCCCGCCCAGACACGGUGUCUGGGACGCACACGCGCUCUGGCAUUUAAGCACGGCGCCUUUACCGUUGUUGUUUUAUAGUUACGUGAUAGCUGAUCUACGGUACGUGGCAUCCAAGGAAUUGGACAAGUUCGCUUUCAAGUUGACGUGAGCGGAAGAUACUGUUUUUAAUAGCUUAGUAAGGUCCUAUUUUUUGCAUUUAAAUAAUAAAUAAACAUGUUAAAUGUG